AUGCUGUGCCUUCUGCCUCAGAAAAAAGCCCAUCUCUGCAGACAAAUAUGAGUAUGGACAAGAAAUCAGAUAGUACCAUUACAAAUACUGUAAAAGAAAAACCUUUGCAAACACCUGUAGAAAAGCAGCCAGCUAUAAAAAGUUUUGAAACGUUGUCAACUUUACCAGUAUUUUGUUCAUCAAGAAAAGAGGAGUUUAUCAGCUCCAAUUUAAGGAUAUCAAAAUCAGAUUCUACUUUCUAUAACCAGGCCUCUGUAGAGACACUGUAUGUCUCUCCCUCAUUCGAAACAUUUGACCCAGUGAAGGAGAUUGUAAUCAAUAAAGACCCUCAGAAACCAACACAAUCCAGCAGUGUUCAGAUCAAUGAUGAAAACCUCAAGAUUGUAACCACAUGGGUUUCAACUGCCUCUGAGGGAACGUCUUCCUUUUCUACUUUCUCCACGUCAUCUCCUGAUUCAGCCUCUGCAGAGAAGUCAGUCCAUCUCUUACCCUCGAUUUUGGCCAGACCUCCCUUCUGGACUUUGUCCCAUCUACAGUCAUCUUUCACUUCCUUUAAAGAUACAGACAAGACUGCCAAGGUUUACCACCCCCUUGCUCCUAGGGGCCCAGUGUCUUGUGAUGAAAAGGAAAAUGACAGCCUCAAUCUACUGGAAAUUCUUCCAGUUUUCAGACAACUAAAGGCUUGCCUAAAGAACCUGAAGCAAACGAUUCCAUUCAAGUUCUUCUAGGAGAGGUAAAAACUGGGAUAGUUAAAUUACAUGAGGAUCUGAGCAUGGUGAUCCAAGAACUUAGUGUCGUCAACAGUCAUCUG